AUGGCAACCCUACAUCCCAAUUCUCACUCAAACAUCACAAAAGGUCGUAAGCGACGACUUUCCGAAGACGAAGACAUGCAGGACGCACAACCCACGAUGACAUUACAGCGAUCCUCACCGGAACGACAUUAUCGCAAUGGAAGAGAAGCUUACAGAGUGAACGAAGUCAAACGAUCAAAGACCGGUAUCCAAAGGGAUUCUGGUUUGACGCAUAUGCUAGCAUCCAUGGACAAAGACAAGCUUAUCCACAUUGUUCAUUCUUUAUUCGACAAUCACCCAGAGCUGCGGCAAGAUAUCAUGUCGUAUAUCCCAGCACCAACCGUUCAAUCAGCGACUGAAGUGCUACAUACAUUGGAGCGACGAAUGACAGAGAGCGUCCCAUACAAUCGUAAUGGUCCUUUAUGGAAUGAUUAUACAUUUUCAAGAGUACGAACACCUUUUAUCGAAUUGAUGGAUACGAUCCGACAAUACGCAUAUUAUUUUACAUCACCGCUCAUCUUUGGAACUACCUCAUUCUCCUUUCUUCAAUUGGCUACAGCACUCACACAUCGACUUCCAUCAUGGGAAAAUGAUGAUAAUAAUCAAUUGAAACGGGAUCUAUACAACGACCUGAAUUCCUAUUGGACAAGAGCGAUCCAGAUGGCUGCUUCAAGGCAUCAAGAAGGAGAAGUCUAUAGCGCACAAACAGUGAAUGAACUUGCAAAACACUUGGCGUAUCACAAUAACGCAGCAGAAGGAUUAUUUACUGGUGCCGUAAAUGAAUUCUCAAAGAGCCUUGGUACAUUGAUGAAUCCUGUACGAGAUGUUCCUAUUUGUCACCAUCCAGCUGUCGAGCACACUAUCACAAGACUUGCAUCACCACCACGGGUUGUAGGAUAUGCAGAUGCCAGACGAUAA